AUGUCGAAUCACCUGCGAUUUCGAAUCGACAGAAGCUCACUUCUUCUUCACUCGGCCACGGCGGCUGACUACAGCACUACGUGUGUGCAUUUUGCAGGAGCCAAGGCAAUGGGAGACAAGUCCGACAGGGCAGUUAACGCUCUAAGAGCACGUGUGGACGUUGUCACUAGCAUUCGCGAUGGAAUAUUGAGCGAAACAACAUGUCCGACAUCAGGCCCGUCUCGAUCAGGUCGCGUCGAGCGGUUACAAUACAGCGAACGUCAGCGCGGACACACGUCACAUCGUAUCCAAUCGGUGAAGGGAUGGGUUGGAGCCGACGUGGUGAAAUUCAUCAUCAUUGAUCAUCAUCGGCAAACAUUAACGUUCUGCCAUUGUUGGGGAAAUGGACAUCUAGACAUGCAUCGCAUGGUCGGCAAUCUGCUAUGUGUAUGCAAGGUGCGCGCCACUAGACAAGGUCGCAGGCAGGCCGCCGCGGCCGGUCAUGAAGGUGGGAGCUUGAGACGAAAAUGGGCGCAACGAACCCAUGGCAAUUCGGGUCUUUGGGCGAAUCAGAAAGGCGAACAGCUAUAG